AUGAUUCAAUCCCCUGAAGCGAUUGUUCAAGGGUCAAGGACUUGUUGUCAAGAUUAUAUCAGUUGCCAGAAACUUCUAUUCCAAGCUAGACUGGGUGAAAUAUUAUAUGCAUUUGAGUUUGUUGAUCAUUUAGACAGUGUCCAAACUCCAUUAGCAUCUUCAAUUUACAACUUCUAUGUUCUUAUCGAGACAACCGGAAGUAAUGAAUCUAAUGACAGAGAGAAUGUUGAGGGUUUUCUUGUGGAUGCAAUGAAAAGUGGUUUAAUAAGUGAUGGAGCCAUAUCAAAGGAUUUGAAUCAAGCAUUGUCAUUUUGGCGAAUUCGUGAGGGAAUUCCAGAAGCAUUGCAGAAAGCUGGAGUUGUAUAUGAAUAUGACCUGUCAAUUCCAAAAAGAAAAACAACUGGUAAAGCAAAUAUAGUGGGAUAUGGUCACCUUGGAGAUGGAAACCUUCAUUUGAAUAUGUCGGAUCCACAACACAUACGUGAGGAUGCUGGUGAUGGGAAGGGUACAACCAAGGACUUGUUGGACAAAAUAGCAUCACUGGAAAGUGAGGCAGAAAAGUCUUUUAUGCACAGUUUUACACUUGAAAUCUCUCAUAUUUACAUACAUGUACAUGAGGAAAUUUAUCUAACAAUCAUCAUGUGUGACCCAAUUCCUUUGAUCUUUGCUUUAGCUGUUAGAAUAAUGGGAUUUAUCCAAGUUGAUAAGAUUACAGAUUAUCUUUAG